AUGAAUAAGAUAUUCAGAAUUUGUCACUCGUCAGAAUUUUCUAAUCUAACACUUUCGUAUAAUCAACCACGAUUUUGUCCGAAUACGACUUGGAAUGAAUAUGGAACAACAUUUUCUAAUAGAAGUAUAAUAGGUAUAAGACCUCGAAGUAUUUUCAUUAGUUCGAGUAAUACAGUUUAUAUACCAAAUAAAGAAACUGGCGAAAUUCAUAUUUGGGAAAAUGAGAAUAGUAUCAUUCCAACGAAAACAAUUUCCGGUAAUUUAUCAAGUGUAUAUUCGAUUUUUGUCACAACAAAUGGUGAUAUUUAUGCGGAUAAUGGAAACAAUAUUCGUGGCAUUGUCAGAUGGAUAGCGGAAACAAACACAUGGAUCCCUGUAUUGUCUGUUAAUGCAUCAUGUUUCGGUCUUUUUAUUGAUGUUUAUCAAAAUUUGUACUGUUCGAUAUUUUAUCAACAUCAAGUUAUUAAAAUUUGCCUGCAUGAUAUAACAAGUACGACAGUAGUUGUUGCUGGAACAGGCACGAAUGGAUAUGCAUCGAAUAUGCUUAAUAACCCUAAUGGAAUCUUUGCUGAUUUCAAUUUGGAUUUGUACGUUGCAGAUUAUGGCAAUAAUCGAAUUCAAUUAUAUCGAUUUGGUCAACAAAAUGGAAUAACAAUCGCAGGAAAAGGAUCAUCAUUGAUAACUAUCGAACUAUCUGGUCCAAGUGGAAUUAUUCUUGAUAAUGAUCGACAUCUUUUUAUUGUUGAUAAUGGAAAUAAUCGUGUUAUUGGCUCGAACGAAUAUGGUUUUUACUGCAUACUUGGAUGUUCAGGACAAGGAUUAUCAUCUCGUCAAUUUUAUUAUCCUAUUAGUUUAUCAUUCGAUAGUUAUGGAAAUAUGUAUGUUGUCGAUGAAAAGAAUGAUCGAAUACAAAAAUUUAGUUUAUCAAAAAAGUCAUGUAUUCUAACUCUUUCCUAUAAUCAACCACGAUUUCGUCCGAAAACAACUUGGGAUCAACGUGGAACUAUUUUUGCUGAUUCUAAUACAGGAGGAAAUUUUCCUAUUGGUAUUUUUGUGAACUCAAACAAUUACAUCUAUAUGCCACAACGUAUGAGUGGUGAAAUACUUGUUUGGCAAAAUGACUCUUCUGGCAGACCAACCAAAUGGAUUGCCAGUAAUUUAAGAUAUCCAUUUUCGAUCUUUGUGAAAACUAAUGGUGAUAUUUAUGCUGAUAAUGGACAGAGUAACCGACGUAUUGAUAAAUGGAUAGCAGAAACAGGUACAUGGGCUGUUGUGGUGUCUGUUAACUCGUUAUGUUACGGUAUUUUUAUCGAUAUCUACGAUAAUUUAUAUUAUUCGGAAUCAAACCAACAUCAAGUACAAAAAGCACAGUUAAAUGAUAUAACACAUACGAAAAUGAUCGUCGCCGGAACAGGUGUUUCAGGAUCAGCAUCGAAUAUGCUUAAUUGGCCAGGUGGAAUAUUUGUUGAUAUUAAUUUAGAUUUAUAUGUGACAGAUUCUGCAAAUCAUCGCGUUCAAUUAUUUCCAUUUGGUCAACAAAAUGGAAUAACAAUCGCAGGAAACAGUUCUAUAUCAACAACAAUUAAUCUUCGUGAUCCACGAGGAGUUGUUCUCGAUGGUGACAAACAUGUUUUCAUUGUUGAUGAAGGUAAUAAACGUAUUGUCAGAUCGGAUGAAAAUGGUUUUUAUUGCAUUAUUGGCUGCUCUAACAAGCCACAAUCAUUUCAACCUAGUAUUAUAUCAUUUGAUAGUUAUGGAAAUAUUUAUGUUACCGAAGAACGUAGUCAUCGGGUACAAAAAUUUUUAAAAAACGAUUUUAUUCCUACGAGAAGUAAUCAAGAUUGUUUAUCUCCGACAGUCAAAUUAAUUACUGAAAGUCAUUCUUCAAUAGCACCAUUACAAUAUCGUCAUAGUCAAGAUUUUUAUAUCUUAUCAAUGAUUAAAUUAAAUUGUAAUAGAUCUCAUUCGAUAAGUAAAAAAUGGACCAUUCGAAAUAUGACGGCGAAUAACAAUUCAGAAAUUCUAUUCGAUGAAAAACUGAUUACAACUAACAAUGAUUUGUAUAUUCCAUCAAAUACCCUAUCCUAUGGUGUUUAUCAAUUGAAAUCGAUCGUAUUGAUGACAGAUUAUCCAAGUCUAUUUGGUACAGCAUCAGUUUAUGUGCAGAUCAAUCCAUCAAGUAUCAUAGCGAACCUUUUGCCUUUAGGAACAUCAACGAUUACAGUUGGUUACCAACAAAAUCUCAUUUUUAAUCCAGGAAAUUAUUCAAUAGAUCCUGAUAAUUCUCCAUUCAAUGCUAGUGAUUGGUAUUAUGAAUAUUUUUGUCGAAUAUUCCAAACAAAUCAAUCAUUCUCAUCAAUUGAAUCAUGUUUAUUCAAUCAAUCGAAUGCUUUCGAACUGUCACCUCUUAAUUCUUCAUUGAUUAUCUAUCCUGAAGCAUUUCAAUUGAAUAUGACAUAUCAAUUUCUUGUUCAAAUGUUCAAUCGUCGACAUGCAUCAAUUCUUGCCAAUGGCUAUGCAAUCGUUCAAAUUCACGAUAAAAGUUGCCCAAUGAUUGCUAUUGGAUGUGUAAUUGAAUCAUUAUGUACAUCAAAUUCCGAAUUUAAAAAAUUAAAUCCAACAACUCAAGUAGCUCUCUACUCAUUUUGUAUUGAUCCAUGUCCGAAUGUCAGAAAUAUCACUUGGAAUAUUUACUAUAGUAACGAGAAUUUAUUAGUAAAUCAAAUGAAUUUCUAUGAAAAUAUUUGGUUUUAUGGACGAAAUACAAACAGAUUUACUACGACUAAAGAUUUGUUUGGUCUUUAUCCAAAUGAAACAUAUUGGAAAUUUGAAGUUGUUUAUUCAUUUGAAACAUUUAAUAGUAUAAGUGCAUUGAAUUUUGAAAUCAAUCGACCACCAUCAAAUGGCUCAUGUCAAAUCAGUCCAUCCAAUGGAACAACAAACACUUUAUUCAAUAUAACUUGUUCCAAUUGGUAUCCUAAUGAGAAUAUCAAAGAAUAUUCAUUAUAUAGUACAUCACAAAUCAUUGCAUUCUCACCACUACCAUCAUUUGAAGUUCGCUUACCUUUUGGCAAAGAUCUUCAUCUAGUGAUACACAUUCGUGAUACAUUGAAUGGAAUUACUGAAUUUAAUUUAUCAUCAGUUACUGUGAUAUUAGAACCAAUGAACGAUUCCUUUAUUCAUCUAUUAUCAAUUGGAAAUCAAAAUACAAUCGGUCAAAUUAUAACUUCACUAGCUGAAGAAUUCAACCAAAUUAGUGAACAAAUAACUUUGAAUUCUUUUUUAGCUCGAAUUCCAUUGGCAAGUAUUUCGAUUUCACCAUUAGGAAAUCAGCGUUUGUUCCCAAUGAAUAUCACCAAUCGAUUGCCAGUCAAUCAAACAGUUCAAUCAGAAGUCAACAUGCAAGCGAAUCGUCGUGAAUAUUUCAUUAAAUUCAUCGCUGACCUCACUAUCACAUCAGCAAGUAGUUUAAAAUUACAAUCACGUUCACUUGUUCAGCUAACCAAUGGAACGAACCAGCUAACACGAACAACUCUAGUCAUAGCGUCGAAUAAAUGCUAUGAAUUAACCGGACAAUUACAUUCAUGGUUGAAUAAAUUACUAUUUGAAGAUGUUCAAAUCAUAGCCACUCAACUUCUGCAAUCUGCUUCGAAUAUUCUCACUGCUAUCAAUGGUCCAUUACAACAACGAACCAAACUCCUAAAUGCAGAUUCAUUAAUCACCAUGGAAUUUGCUAAUGAACUCGCCGAGAAAAUUCACGAAAUAGAAUCAUUAUUAACAGAGUCAUUGAGUUUGCAUAUAAAUAUCGGACAGCAAUAUGUUAUCAGUACACCAGAAGUAUUUAUGUCAUUAGAAACAAUUGAUAUCAAAUCAAUAUUGAAUAAAACAAUCAAACAAAUGGAUGGUGGACAGAUUCGAUUUCCAUUAAAUUUAAUUUCAAAUCUGAAUCUUGAUCAAAUAAUUUCACUUCGAUCCAUGAUGAAACCAAUGGCUAUCCAUGGAAAAUCUUGGUUGAAAACACAGACAAAUCUUUCGAGAUCAAUAUCGCUUUCGAUUAAUGAUCAGAAUGGAAUUGAAAUGCCACUUGAAACAGAUCUUUCGACUCCAAUCGAAUUUUUCAUUCCUCGCGAUCCAUAUCUUGAAAUUCCACCAAUGAUUCUGCAAAAUGUUACAUCGAUUUAUUCUCUCAAUCGAUCAUCAUCAUUUCAUUUUCAGUAUUUAAAUAUUACUAAUGAUCUCCCAAUUUCUAUUCACUUUGAAAUUAAACCAUUAAAUAUCAAUCUUUCAUAUUUAUUCGUCUAUAAAUUCGAUCGAUCAUCAGUUUUCGACAGUUCAUUGAAAAAAGUUGAUGGAUGGAUUUUAUUUCAGCCAGAAAAUUUAACGAAUGAUAGUAUUUAUACUUAUAUGAUCGAUAAUCAACGUACAAUAGGUCAUCAAUUGAUUGCCUUCGGUUUACAAGAAUAUAAAUCUAAUGGAUUCACAGCAAACUAUCAACUGAGAACUUAUGCAUCAGGUUGUUAUUAUUUAGAUGAACAAAAUCAAUGGAAUUCUCAUGGAUUAUUAGUUGGCCCAUUGACUAAUAUCCAUCAGACACAUUGCUAUUCGACACAUUUACUACCCCUAUGA